CGCGCCGGCACAAGGAAUUCCAUUGACGCUUCUGGCUGUCAUAAGUCGGACUUUCUCGCGCUCUUCGGACGUUUUCCUGAUUGGACGAGCCUACUAGAAGCAAUUGCCCCUAGCCAAUGGUGUUUUCUCGCAGGCUCCCGUAUGCAAAUCAGCUGUGCCGGGCUGCAUUCCUGCACAACCCAACGGCAGUAAAAGCAGCCCGUCGCUUGGAGAUCCAUUCAUAUCACAUCAGCGGUGUGUUUGCGACCUUACAGGAGCUACACGUCUCGACAUCAAAAAGAUUCGCGGCUCCUUAUGCUGCUAAAAAUAAUACGACCGAUCGUCCAGACGAACUAAAAGUACCGUUUCUACACAUGACCAGACGCGGGACGUGUGUCGGAGUGUCGGGAGCCCGAAGUGUGCAGCUUAAAAGUUUGUGAAGGACAAGUGUGUUUGCGGUGACUUGUGUUUACUGACAGUCGUGUGAGUGCAAGUCUUAGAUUUUAAUGUGGACUCUUUAAAAAGAAGUGCACUGAAACUCUCCUCAUCGCCGCAGGACGCACGGACGCGGACAGACAAGCGCGCGCUGUCCAGACUAACAACAAGCCUAGUCCCCUUCUGCUGAAAACACUUUUAUAGACUCGGCUUUACACGGAGCUCAAAGGGAAAAGCCUCAUAUAAGGAUACCAAUGGUUUUCCUUUGGGACGCCAAAUACGACCAGGCCCCCCACCGCCGCUUCACGCCGCCCUCCUCCAGCCUGGGCACCGGGAAGAUGACCGACACUCUCCCCGCGAUGGGAGCGCACGAGGGCGGCGGCGGGAAACUGCGCAUGUGUGACCGCAGCAUGGAGGUUCUUUCCGAGCACCCGGGAGAGCUCGUGCGCACCGACAGUCCCAACUUCCUGUGCUCUGUGCUGCCCACACACUGGCGCUGCAACAAGACUCUGCCCAUCGCCUUCAAGGUGGUUGCCCUUGGCGACAUCCCUGAUGGAACGCUGGUGACAGUGAUGGCAGGAAAUGAUGAGAAUUACUCAGCCGAACUCCGCAAUGCCACAGCAGCCAUUAAGAACCAGGUGGCCCGUUUCAAUGACCUGCGCUUUGUGGGUCGCAGCGGAAGAGGGAAGAGUUUUACUCUCACUAUCACGGUAUUCACAAACCCCCCUCAAGUGGCCACCUAUCAGAGAGCCAUCAAGAUUACGGUGGACGGCCCGAGAGAACCCCGCCGUCAUAGACAAAAGCUGGAAGAAGCUGUGAAGCCAGGAGCGCUGGCCUUCUCCGAGCAGUUGAGGAGGAGUGCCAUGAGGUGCAGUCCUCACCAGGCCUCUGCACCCAAUCCCCGCCCCACCCUGAACACGCCUCCCUUUGGUAGCCCCGCCCACAGCCAAAUACCUGACUCCAGGCAAAUGCAGACGUCUCCGUCCUGGUCUUAUGAGCAAUCCUAUCCUUACCUGGGCGCUAUUUCUGCACCGGCUAUUCACCCGACGACGCCCAUCUCUCCCAGCCGCAACCCAAUACACUGUUCAGACCUAUUCAGUGACCCGCGUGUCGGUCUGGAGCGCCCCUUCUCCUCCAUCCCCUCCCUGCCAGACAACCGCUUCACUGAUCCCCGAGUCCCCUACCCCACAGCAGCCUUCACCUACACUCCUACCCCCGUCACCAACGCUAUAGGCAUCGGCAUGUCAGCUAUGACGGCGUCGGCUGGCCGCUACCACACUUACUUACCUCCUCCCUACCCUGCUGGCUCCUCCCAGGGCCAGAGUGGACACUUCCAGGCCAGCACUUCACCCUAUCACCUCUACUACAGCAGCGCUACAGGGUCGUACCAAUUCUCCAUGAUGUCUGGAGGAGGUGGGGGGGAGCGUUCGCCACCUAGGAUCCUGCCACCCUGCACCAGUGCCUCGACAGGCUCAGCCCUCCUGCACCCCUCACUGCCCAAUCAGAAUGACAUUGUUGUAGAUGCAGAGGAAAGCCACAGCAGCUCUCCAACCAGCAUGUCUGCUGAGGCGGUGUGGAGGCCAUACUGACCACCAAAGUUACUGAACACUGGUCUGACAUGUUGAGCAAUAUGAAGUGGACAGUUGAUGGAGCGGUGCAUGGACUCGACUUUCCACAGCAUGAGACUCAGAUUUGUUUUUCUUAAGAUAAUUAAGGAUAAUUUGUUGUUGUUGUUGUUGUUAUUAUUAUUAUUACACCAGCUCCUUCUCUUUCUAAACAAAUACACUGACAUGGCACUGUCAUAAAACUUGAAUCUGAAGAAUUAAACCAUCAUAGGUGAAAAAUAUUAGCCAGAAAAUGUAGAUCUGCCAAAGAACAGCUUGGAACUACUCAUUUGUGGCAACGAAUUAUGAAUUUCACGUGACUGCCGGUUAUUUACAAUGACUGGAUAAGUGUUCGACUGAGACCCGGCAGUACUGAGAUUUCUAACGAUAACAUGCAGAUACGUGUGUGUCCUGUGCUCACAGCGCUAACACUGGUUGAUUCCUAUAUGCAUUUCAUAUCUAAAUGAGACAUGGAGCUCUGUUGCACAUGCAAUCCCAGGUUUAUGAGGCUUUACCUCAUCAGUCACUGCCUUUAAAAGGUCCUCUUACACUGCAAAUCCCGUCUGUGUUUCAGGGACGAGUUUUCCUGUAACAAAGAGUUCACCUACUUUUAUGUAAAUAGACUGUAAACUGCUUGUUGAUAUCACUGGUUGGCUGAUGUUGACAGUGUCUUUGAAUUCCACACUUGAGAAAACUAGAAAUGCUCCAUAGCCUAUAUGUUUUUUUUAGUACUGCUUUAUUUUGUGAAUGUAAACCUUGUGAAGAAGCUGACUGUUUAUAGACAA